GCUACCAAGAUGAUCGCUCUUUACAUAGAAACCUACGAAGUUCCUGCAGCUGUUCAACUACAGACGGAAUCACAACGGAGCUCAGUGCCCGGUGCCGGCAAUAUACAAAGGAUGAUGAAGUCCUGAGGAGGGGUCUCAGCCCGAAACGUCGACUGUUUACUCUGUUCCAUAGAUGCUGCCUGACCCGCUGAGUGUCUCCAGCAUUUUGUGUGUGUUGCUUUGGAUCUCCAGCGUCUGCAGACUUUCUCGUGUUUUUGAUACAAAGGAUGUGAUCUGGGAGAAGAAUCAGUCUGAUUACCUCUCAUUCCAGCCUGGGGACAUGAAUGUCAUGUUUUAGCAAUUAUUUUCUUUAGGGGCCUGAUUUUUAGAACAUUUAUUAUUCUUUGUGAGCGAUUAGAGAGCCUCGGCAGCAUAGUGAAGCUGUCAAAAGCAUGUGAUUUAACUCCUUCCUCAACGCGACAUUCUUUCCGUACGGCAGGACUUUCAGUGGCAGAUUGAGAGGAGCGACACUUUUCAACCAGAAUCGAGCUUCCGCCUUUGUUUGACAUUCAUUUCCUGUCCCAGCUGCUUCCCCAAUGAAUAAUCCAUAAGGCAGGCUGGCGAAGAAAUAACAGGCAGCUGGAGGAGGCAGCGCCCUCCCCCAAUCACUUUUCCUUUUGUUCGUCUAUUCAGCAGAGCUGGGGAGUCAAUCACGGCCUUUCCAGUGCCCCGUGAGCCCUCCUCUUUGAAGAAUACUGGAUGGACAAGAGCCUGUCUCUCGAUCUGGUUGUCCCGCAUUGAGGGCGUUUCAGUCUGGGGGUUGCUCCGGAUUCAUCCGGCUGACAGUGGCUCCUGCUGCAUGCAUAAAUGGUGGUUUUCUUUUUGCAGAAGCCAGCAUUGGACAGCUCCUGUCGGUCCGAAUUCUGAAUGACUGGCAAACGUGCCGUGCCUCGUUCCUCCAAUCCUCAUCGGAAUGAAAAGGACGCAAGUGUGUCUGUGCAGCUCCAUGUGACUGGGUGCUGUCAGCUUUCCCCCGUUUCUCUGCAUCCGACAAGAGCAGCCAAAGGGAGAGGCAGGCGGUCUGCGGUGAAACAACAGCUCAGGCGCGGGCGUCAACAAUCGGCGUAGCGCGCCGAGGAGACAAACGGUCCUGUAAGGAUGAGGGGAGUGACGAGCGGGAGAGAUGCGUGAAGCAGCCAGAGACAAACCCCAGUCCUCCUAGAGAACGAGCAUUGCCUGCAGGAGAGAGACCGAGACGCGACUGCAAUGAGCCUGCUGAAGCCAAGUGGGCUAAAAGCCCCCGGACGGGUCAACAAGCACUCCAGUCCAAUGGGCCGAGGUACUGCAGCGGCAGCCGGUCCCAAAGAAGGCUCCCCCCUGCACAAGCAGGCUUCUGCCCCCACAUCUGGCGACAGACUGGCAUCAAAGAGUGCAGAGCUGGGAGAUGACUGCAUUGGGGAUUUUGCCAUUGGAGACCGUAUCUGGGUGAAUGGUGUAAAGCCUGGCAUCAUACAGUUCCUUGGGGAAACACAGUUCGCCCCAGGUAAAUGGGCAGGCGUUGUCCUUGAUGAACCGGUGGGGAAGAAUGAUGGAUCGGUCGGGGGCGUGCGGUACUUUGAAUGCGAACCCUUGCAAGGUAUUUUCACAAGACCCUCAAAACUGGCACUGCACCCCUCAACCGAUGGUGCUGGAAGCGAUGCACUUUCUGGAGAGUCCGUAACUUUUCCGGUGCCAGCUUCUCAUCAUGGCACUGCCACUCCACCACUCUCCACUCAGCGGAUCAACUGUACGAUCCCUUUGAGGGAAAGCAUCUUGAACAGCUCCAUGAAGACAGGGAAUGAGUCGGGAUCGAACCUGUCUGACAGCGGAUCCGUAAAGAAAGGGGAUAAAGAGCUGAGAUGUGGGGACCGAGUUCUGGUGGGUGGAACCAAAACCGGAGUGGUGAAGUACGUGGGAGAGACAGACUUUGCAAAGGGCGAAUGGUGUGGGGUUGAGUUGGAUGAACCUCUGGGUAAAAAUGACGGAGCUGUUGCUGGCACAAGAUACUUCCAGUGCCCACCCAAGUUCGGCCUCUUUGCACCCAUUCACAAGGUCAUGCGGAUUGGCUUCCCUUCCACUACUCCAGCCAAGACCAAAAAGAGUAAGCGGAUGGCGAUGGGAGUCUCGGCCUUGACGCAGAGCCCUAGCAGUUCCUCCAUAAGCUCCGUCAGCUCGGUGGCAUCUUCUGUUGGAGGCAGACCAAGCCGGACAGGACUGCUGACCGAGACGUCCUCUCGCUACGCCCGAAAGAUCUCUGGCACCACAGCCUUGCAGGAAGCCCUCAAGGAGAAGCAGCAGCACAUUGAGCAGCUUCUGGCAGAACGGGACCUGGAACGAGCCGAGGUUGCCAAGGCAACCAGCCACAUCUGUGAGGUGGAGAAGGAGCUGGCGAUCUUGAAGGCCACCCACGCACAGUACGUGACAGAGACCGAAGGGAACCUUCAGGUUGUACGAUCCAUGCUUAACAAUGCGGAAAAGCAAAAACAGGAAUUACUAAACACCCUGGAAGAGGAGAAAAGGAAAAUCGAGGAUCUCCAGUUCAGAGUGGAAGAAGAAUCAAUUACCAAAGGAGAUUUAGAGACUCAGACCAAACUGGAGCAUGCCCGUAUUCGGGAGCUCGAACACAGCCUGCUCUUUGAGAGGACCAAAGCUGGAAAACUCCAAAAGGAGUUUGAAGACACUCGGCUAACAACGGUCGCUGAGAAAUCCCGGAUCGCACAGCUUGAAGAUGAACUAAGUCUAAGGAACAGUGAGAUUGAGGAACUGCAACAGAGACUGAGGAACUCCAACUCCACGGGCACUCCUGAGCACAGCCUCAGUCUACAAUCAGAGGCUCUCAAGCUGCGUGAACAACUACUAUCGGUCAACAAGGAGCACCAGACCGAGAACAUCUUACUGAGGGAAAAGUACGAGGCCAGGUUGCAGGAAUGCCAGCAAGAAAUGGAAAAGUUAAAGGCCAGCAAUGAGAAAUACUCCCAUGAUGUCAGCGAGCUUCGGCAGAAGCUUCACCAAGCAACCAAGGAAAACAUGGAGAUGAUGGACAACUGGAAGAACAAAUUGGACACGUUGGUGUCCGACCACCAGAAAUCUCUUGAGGAACUUAAGGUUUCAUUAAUUUCAGGUACUGAUGUUCAGAACAGUGAGCUGGUGGAACUAAAGGCCACCAUAGAAAGUCUAAAAAUGGAGCAUCAGCUUGAGUGGGAGAACCUGAAAGCCAAGCAUGAAAUUGAGAUGGCACUGCACAUAAAGGAGAAAGAGGAUUUCAAAGUCAAGCUGCAAGAAGCCAAAUGUGAAUUGGAAGAAUGCAAUUCCAACUGGCGAAACAAGUUAGAGGUUACUACAAGUCAACACAGGCAAGAGCUCCAGACGGCCAUCGAUCAGCUCCGGAACGCAGAGUUGAGGCUUAGUGAGCAGGAGAAACUUCAGCUUGCGUACAAGGACCAAGCGCAGGACAUCAGCUUCUUAAAAGAGCAGAUCUCAGCGGCGGAGAGAAAAAUGAUCGAUUACGAAGUGCUCCAGAAGUCUGAGAUGAAACACAAGCAAGAAUGUAAGAUCCUACAGGAGAAGCUGCAAGCAAUGGAAGCCCGACACUCUUCCGAAGCCAUCGACAACAAUAACAUCUUGAAAGAGAAAAUGAAAAUGAAGCAAUCGAUAGAAGAAUUAUUAGACAAGCUCAGUAAAAGGGAAAAGGAUGUUUCUUCAAUGUCAUCGCAGAUCGAGUUAUUAAAAACCCAAAUUGUUGCUCUGGAACACAAGUCCAAAUCUUCCGAGAUAAAGGUUGACGCAACAACAAAGGAAAAAGUCAAACUUGAGAUGGAGCUGGAGGCCUUGACUCGCAAAUCCCAUGAUGCUUCAGGACAGUUGGUCCUCAUCAGUCAAGAGCUGCUAAAAAAGGAAAGGAAUCUAAACGAACUCCGCUCAUUGUUACUGGAGACCAACCGUCACUCCUGUGCGGGAGAAAAGGACCUCAGUCGGGAAGUUCACAAAGCUGAGUGGAGACUGAAGGAACAGAAGCUACAGGAAGACAUCAAGGUCCUCCGAGAGAAACUAUAUGUUCUUAUCAGCUACGUAACAGAGAGAGACAAAGAGAAACAAAGGACAGUCCAGUUUACCAAGGGUACUGAGAAGUACAAACCCGAUCAGAAGCGGCGCCCCAUUUCUCUCCAGGACACCGAGGCCGACGCCGAGAUCUCCAAACUGCAGCAAAGGCUAGUUAACACCGAAGAGGCCUUGCGGAGUGCCCUGGAGCAGAACCAGCAGAUGGAGAAGCUAAUGCAAGCUAUGCAGACACUGGAUAGCGCCAGUUCUGCCAAUGGGGUCCAUCAGCGAAGUCAACUUGAAGCUAUGACCGACAGCAGGUGCUUCAAGCAAGAGGAAUACUCCAGGGCACGCUCACCCCAGCGCCAGCACGACUCCAGCCGAGCGAAACAGCUACUGGUGACAGAGAACAGAAGGAUAGAGAAGCUCUUCAAGGAAAUAGAAGAGAUGAGUGUUUGUGCUUCCCCUGAAUCGCUCCAAAUGAAAGUGUCCGGAGAUUCUCCUGGCAGACAAUCCCCGUCAGCCGAUCGGAAUGAAACUACAGAAAAGGUCCAGCACUGACGCAGGAGGUGUGUGCCGAUGGAACGAGCCAUUGUGCUCUGUGCUUUGUGCAGACGGCCAGCAGCUGCUCCAUCUGGAAGCCCCCUCGUGUUCUUUUACUGUUUUUCCCCAGUGAUGGAGUCUGAAGCCCCUGUGUCCAUCCUGUAACCACGGCAGGAGUGGAAAGGUGUCUCCAGAGCCAGGCAAUUGCCAAAGGACAGUAUCCAUCCUACAGCAGUCAACAGUCGCUUUCCUGCCCAAGUAUAUUGUUGCCCCGUUGUCUUGUUUACUGACCAGUUUCCUUGUUGUUUUGCUCAUAAGCAGAACUUGAGAUUGAAAAAAAAAUGGAUCUCUUUUGCUAAUGAGGCUAAUAUGUAGUGUUUAUUAAGAUGGCAAUACCACAUUGUGAAGACAUUUGUCAGGCUGAAGCCCACAGUUCGUUGCCACACAUUGAGACAUAAAUCCUGCCCUGAAGGUUCAUCCCAUGUUCUUGGAUGUUGGAAGAUUAAUCGUUGAGUUGAAUGGUGAUGAAACCACUUGCUGAUCAGCUCCGAAAACUGUAUUGAGCCCAUUCCGAUCUGCCAUGUUGGAAGGAUCUCUCUGACUCCUGUCUCCGUGAGGAUUGUUUCACUGUGGGUAUGAUAUAUGAACUCAAGUAAUGAAUGUUAGUUAUUUAUGUGGGAGCGGGGAUCUAGGCACUUUGUUGAGAUGGUGUAGAGAGCUUCACUCUCCACGUAGAUCAUCGCAUUGUGAGAACAGCCCUGGGCUCUGCAAUCAUUAUAGCACUUUGAGGUGAACCCGCUAUUUCUAGGCAGCAAGGUCAACAGCGAUGAGAAAAAUAAGUAGAUGAUCCUGCUGCAGAUCUUGGAAACCUCCUGCCUUGAGGGCCCCAUCUUCUGAUCUUUUCGUUGGUUGUAAUAUCUCCUGCUGAAGGCACGGACUCUAAGACCCCCAAACAUCUCCAUCCCUUUCCAGCUUUAACAACCUCCUUAGACCCAGCGUCAGUCCUAAUAGCUCGAUCAAGCAAAGUAUGACUGAGGCAAUAGUGUUCUUACUAGAUUAACAGCAUUUACUGCAAGUUGGUGCUGUCCACAAAGUAUUUUGUUCUGAGGUCACGUUUAAAUGGCCUACUGAUAAUCAAGAAAGGUUUGGUGUUCUCCUCUCCCCUCCCUUCUUCCCUGAAACUGUUGGUCUUUAUCAAUGCAGCCGAAUAUCUACUAACUCACCAGCAUGAUUGCAAUGACCACAACAAUGAAUCUCCACACUACAUGAACUGACCUUUGCAAUCUUAUACAUGAGCUGACAAGUGUUUCUCCCUUUAUUCAGUAGGUAGACCAAGAAAUGCUUAUGCAACGAUGCCAAUUGCAAGCCAACAAAUUAUGUCAUUUUACAUAUGAAUGUAAAAAACGUAGUAGACAUUAAUUUAGUCAAUAAUGUUUCUCACAAGAAAACUGUCAUGGUGCAAUAUAUUAGCCAUAUUAAUGAGCAAGUCGACAUUGCUUUCUGGAAACGUUCUGAAAUUUAUUAGUGCAAAACUUACUUGUAGGGCUCUCCUGGUAUCUUCCACCCCUGGGCCAUGCAGACAUUGCACUGAAACAGGAAACUGAAGCAGCUGUGCCCUGCUUUAUCAUCAGAGUUAGCCAGUUUCCCAGUUUCCACCCGCCAUAGGAGUCAGACAUCCAAAAACAUAAAGACAAAAGGGACAGCAGUUGCUGGAAUGUGGAACAAAAAUCAGAGCACUAGAAUAACUUUGAGAGUCAAAAAGCAUCUGCGGAGGCAAAAAAAAGUGGAAGUCGGUGUUUUAGGAUUGGUGCAGGGUCCCUAAAAUUUGAAUACGCCUUUUGCCUUCGUAGAUGCCGCCUGACCUGCUGGGUUCUUCUAGAAUUCCAUUCCUAGCGCAAAACCUGGAUGUGUUUGACAGUUACAUUGAUGGAGGUAAUUUAGAAAACGUGUAGCUCAGGUGGUCGAUGGUUGGAUUGGGUUGUUCUCCAAUCUUGGCAAUUUACUUGCAAACGUUUCAUCGCCAUACGAGGAGAGGUCAUCAGUGUGCUGUUAGUUGUGGCGUGUCCUCCGAAUGCUUGGCCAGUUUCAUUGAUACUUAACCAAUAUCUUUACUCAACAGUUGGUCUUACAAUGAGUAUCAGUAACUCCUUUGUCCCAGUGGAGUCCCACCCUCUUCAACUAUCAGCUACUGCUUCAAGAAAAUUCUGAAUCCAUGCCAUGAAGCUGCUUGGGACUGCACCUGAGACUUCCUGGUCAGUUCUUCACUGGGUACUCAAACGAAGGAGAAUAAUGUCCAGGUGAAGGAAGUUCAAUCUUCCUUGCAAUAGCCAUGGUUCAUGGUUUUCAGAUCCAGCUACCCGCUCUGAACAUUUUGCUGAAAAAGAGAACUUUGCUUUGAAGUCUUUAUCUGACCCUGACUUUUACCAUUUCCUAUGUGAAGGAGGACAUCUCGAUGUCACUCCUGAACAUCCCAGCUCUGAUUUUUGAAAUGCUGGACCCUAGCAAAGAAAGUAAGUUCUGCCCAUCCUCACAAGUCAUUCAGUCUUCUCGCGAAUCCUCUAAAACUGCAAAUUCGUGGUUAUCUAGCUUAGUGCAAAUGAAAAUAUUAUUUAAGCAUCAGUCUGAUCCUGAGUCCAAUCAGAAUGCUAAUGGUAAAUUUGUCCCAAUUAUUAAAACAUAUUUAGUUACACUAUAUGAAAUCUUAUCCAUUAUUUAAAUCCUGAAUUUGGUUUCCCGUCCACUUGCUGGAAAACUCUAACUCGCAAUGAAUGAGAAGUUUGUAGAUUUAAUUUAACAAUAUAGAUGUAAAUCGACUUUUAAGGUGUAACCUUUGUUUUGUCUUUUCAACCAAAAUGUUGAACUGUUAAAUAAAGUGCACUCAUCCCAGUAAACAUUGGUGUAUGUCACAUUACCAACUAACUGUGGGAUAAGAGCUGACAAGGCCCCUGACAUUCUGCACGCAAUCUGUCCCACGUAUAUGCUGAUAAGACACAGGUGCAGAAUUAGGUCAUUCAGCCCAUCGAGUCUGUUCCAACGUUCAAUCGUGGCUGAUUAUUUUCAACCCUAUUCUGCCAGCUUCUCCCCAUAACUAUUAAAAAGAGUCCAGGACAUAUCAACCUUAAAUCCCUCCCCCCCCCCCCCGCCACCAAUGAUUGGCCUUCACAGCUCUCUGUGAAAAGACAUAUUGAUCUGAAAUGCCAGUGGCUUCUCCCUCUCCCCACUUCCCGCAGGAACUUAGGAGAACUCGACUACUUGACUCGUCAAGUCAUUUGCACUUCAGACCAACUUUCAUCCUAAACGCCCACCACUGCAUUCUCCUGUGUCGUGGGUAGUACAAGUCUGAAAUGAUUAAAAUCACUAGGGCCAUCUGUGUCUGCCCACCACAUGGGACCAAACUCAAGCAAACUGUUGAUAAUACUAAUUAAAAACUUGAAAAUAGCAGCAUUAUCUCUUAUAUGCAAAUGCUGUUUCCCAAUAAGCACUUAUACAAACAGUAUUAUCAUUAAACGAUAUGUACAUUCUGUAUAAUAUCAGAAUACUCUGUUAGAUAAAGAGGAAUUUCUUUAGCCAGAGAGUGGAGAAUCUUUGUAAUUCAUUGCCACAGAUGGCUGUAGAGGCCAAAUCACUAGGCAUAUUUAAAACUCAGAUUGAUACUUUCUUGAUAGGUAAUGGUGUCAAAAGUUACUGGGAGAAGAAGCAGGAGAUGAUAAUAAAUCAGCUGUGAUGGAAUGGCGCAGAAGACUCGAUGGGCCAAAUGGCCUAAUUCUGCUGCCAUGUCUUAUGAUCUUAUAAUCCAGCUUUGUAGGUGUAAUGACACUUGCUUCCAGAGGAAGAUGUGCACUCGAUGACUUGCUAAGAGGCUGUGGAAUCAGGCACAGGUUUGCUGAUUGUUCCUUGACCUGUUCAUUCAUCUUGGGGAUCUGCAAAUAAACUUAACGUGAUCAAUAUUAACUCCAAGGGUCAAGUUGACAUACUAUCUUGUUAUUUAAAGAACACCCUUAAAAAAACACACACACAGUAUUGUACUAUUAGCAGCUAUGAAGCACCUUUGACCUAAGUGUAACCAUCCCUCUUUCGAAAGCAAAGCUUUACAAUGGUCAUUUUAAACAAAAGAAGAGGGUGAGACAUCCUUCACACCCCAAUAUUCCAUUAGGUCUGUCCACACUUCACUUCUCUGACAGCAAAAGAUGAAUUAGACCGGGCAACGAGCCCUUGGAUCUCCAAGUUAAGUCCUCUGCCUGCCCGGUUACUGAGAGAGACUGAGCUGGUAGAAUUUCUUGCCUCCAGUUCAACACCGCUGCUUCACACCCCACCCUGCUCUGAGGCAAUACCCUUCCCCAUCCCUAUCCCUACUAUCAGGCCAAUCGGGGGAUAGAGAUAGAGGCUCCAUCCCUCCAAUUUUAAUUCUGUUCUUCUCACAGAAGAGCAGAUGUGUGCUGACUAUGUUCCAUACCCAAUCUGUAUAGCUGGUCUAUAUGCACUAUUCAUUCUGUGAUGCUGAGAUACAUCUUAGGAUGCUCUGGGACACGUCAUCAGUGAUAUAACCUGGGGUCAUUGGAUGUUUCAGGUCUGUAAAUCUCCCCCCCCCCCCCGCCACCAUAUACACAUUUUGGCAUUUUGACCGUAAAUGGGCUUUUACAAUGGGUUUGCCUUACUGAACAGUAUAAUAAAGCUUCCACAGGGGACCACUGCUACCCGUAAUAAGUGACAGCAGUCUGUAGUUGGCAUUUGGUUCCUAGGUAAAUGUGUAGAUAACCAAACCAGCCUCUUGCUUCUGCCUUAUCACCUGGAGCACCUUUCAUGAAUCCAUGUGCUACAAGAAUAAGUGGAGAUCUGUGGUGCGGUGCGCUGUGGGAGUAUCCUUUAUCUCUACGUGGUAUGGUGAAAAUACAGAAAUUUUCCUCUGUCUCAUUUCCACAGAGGAGAAGUGGAAUAAUUGUAUCAUACUCCAGUGCUUAUGAUACAGACUAUAGUGGGACCGAACAGAAUUCUCAUUGUUGUUUUAAUGUGUGGAGCUGGUUGUGAAUAUUUAAUCUUUAACACUCAGUUAUGGCUAAUACUCUACCCAUUACAGUAAACUGCAUGGAGUUGUUCAUGUGUUAACCUUGUUUUCAAAAUAAAAUGAA